GCAGGCAGCACUUCAUGAAAAUAAGGAAGUAAACGCUGUUGGACUGGAACUGUUCCCUCUGUUGUUAAAAGUGAAAUGUGUCAUUUAGCAGCUCAGUGACAGAAGUAUAACAACAGCUAAGGAAGUUAGCCUUUACCUUCUUAAUAUUAUCACAGCCAAUAUACACAGAGAGAAACAGUGGGAGAGGAAGACACGGACAGGUAUUGCGGCCACUAUGGAUCACAAAGAGGAAUCUCUGGAAGGAGCCAUGGGGCUGAAUCAAGAUGAUUUGCCGCAGAUGGACGGUUUCUGCGAUGCGUGUGAGCCCGAUGAAGCCCAGCCAGCGACGCAAGCAUGUCACACCUGCAGCUUUGCCUUCUGCCCAGUUCAUGCAGAGAGACAUGCCAGUAGCACGCGGCACACCUUGAUGCCUUAUAACAGUGAAGACGCACUGGCCUGUGGUCUGGACACAGACAGAGCCUGCAGAGUCGAAGGUGCAGCUGAGGAUGAGUCUGGUGAAAAGAGACCAGUGGAUGAAAAUCAAGGGGUGGCACUAGGUGGUGAGAGUGGAGAUGCUGAGGAAGGAAAAAAUGCCCAAAAUGAGGGAGAAGGUGGGGAUGAGGCUGAGGCCAUGGCUGGGAAGAGGGACACCGUGACAGUGGAGAGGCUGCGCUGCAAAGAGCAUGGUCAGGAAGGGUCCCUCUACUGUAAACCCGACAAGCAAAUCAUCUGCGUGGUUUGCGCUGUGCAGGGCGAGCACCGGGGUCAUGAGAUCACAACUCUGCACGAGGCCUACGUGUGGCAGAAGAGCAGCCAGGGUCAUGACCUGCUUGGCUACACGCAGCAGAUGGCUGAAAGGAUCAAGACCAAGUGGACCAACCCUGAGAUGUCUACAGAGGAACUAGAAGAAUAUGUCAACAGCCAGUUUGAUGAGCUCCGCAGGUUGGUUCGACUGGAGGAGAGGAGGACUCUUCACCUGGUAGACCUCAAAGAAGCCUUCCUCACAGCGUCCGCUGCAGAGAAAAUAGCUGAGAUCACUUCAGAAACAGAAAAACUGCAGGAAGAGAUGGCCAACAUCACACACCAGCUGUGCCUGCUGGAACAGACUGAGGUGCAGGCAGUAGGUCCUGCAGCAGUGGCAGAAGUCCUGGCAGCGAGGCCUGGACCAGCCCACAGAUUACUGCACAACGUUGAAGCCAGGCCGAGGGUGCCGGAGCCAAGGGCAAACCCCAUGGAUCCGCUGGAUUUUGAAGACAAUGAUUCUGGACCAUCCAUGGACCACGCUCCGUGAUGUGAGCAGACCAGACUCCUCAUGUCCUUCAUGAUCUGCUUCAGCCCCUUGUCAGCCCAGUUCAGCUGUCAGGCCGGCCCCUUCUCUGUCAGUCAUUUUUCCGCACCCUCAUUUCUUUCCCUUGCAGUGACCUUGAAAGGAGGCUGCAGUGACAAAUAUGGAUGGCCACGUCUUUUCCACACUCAAACUUUCCCAACUUCUCACUUGCUGCAAACUUUAUUUAAUUGAAGGACUAAAGUUAUGUGGAAUCAUUUACCAUCCAUCAGGCUCAAUUUCCACAGCCAGUCAGAUCUUUGGCUGACUCCUGAGCCUGGAUGACUCGGAGAGGAGCUUGGGUAGACAGCUGUGCAAAGCAUCUGUUAAGUUCAACAGAUGUUAGAAAAAACAAAAGUAUGUGACAGUGAUUUACACUCCUCAUUUAUUUGGAAUAUAAUUAUGGUUCUUCUGCCGACGCUGCUGUUCUGCCUUAUAUCUUCAAGAGAUUAUAUUACAUCUAGAGAUGCACUAAUCAGGCUUUGUCUGGCCAAUACCAAUUUACAGUUAUCUUUGAGGUCUGGCCUGCCGAUUCCAGUUUUGACCCUUUUUUUUUUUUUUUUUUGAGAACUAUAUAGCAUAUAAUAGAUGAUUGAAUUAAAAAUGUGUUGCCAGAUCUUUCAGGAUAUAACAAGUGAAAGAAUUAUAAUAUAUCCUAUAUCCAUUACAAGUUAGGAACAGACAUUGCCUUUUUUCAGACUAACAUUAAAUCAGGCUAACAUUUCCCUGUUUUACAAUGAUUACCAAGAUUAUUUCUACUUGCAAGAUAAUGUUUUUUUGGCAUUUUUUUCACUAUCUUCAAUUUUGAAGUUUACAUAAAUGAUCUUUUAAAGUGUAUGAUUUUAGGGUCACAUGUUUAGGGUAUUCUCACAAUAGUUUGCCAAAAUAUGAUGGGCUAAAAUAGGAAUUUUGGCCCAUUUCUCCUGACAGAACUGGUGUAAUUGAAUCAGGUUUGUAGGCGUUCCUGCUCGCAAACACAAAACUGACUUUACUGUCCUUAAUCCACUUUGUAACUAAUUUGCUAGUAUGGUUAGGGUCAUUGUCCAUUUGGAAAACCCAUUCAUGGCCAAGCUUUAACUUCCUGGUUGAUGUCUUGAGAUGCUACUUUAGUAUUUCUAUAUUAGUCUUUCCUCCUUCCUAUAUUGUAAAGCGUACCAGUCCCUCCUGAAGCAAAACCUUCAUCAUAACAAUUAAUUUCCCUGUGAAUUAUAUCAUACCAGGAAGCAGCAUGUUUCAGAUGUUGCCUUAAAAUACAUCCACACGCUUACCUCCAUUUAAAUCCGAUAUUCUGAACUAACCUAUCAUAAGAUUACAAAGCCUUGACAUCAUAAUCUGGGCUUUCCCAAAUUAUUUAAAGGCCUAGUAACCUUCUGAACUUGAAGAAAGUAUUAAAAAUAUUGGUCUUUCUGUGUUCUGUCAUUUUGGCAAACAGAUUAAAAAAACUGUAAUCCUAAUUACGUAUGUCUAAUUUCAUUUCAGACAAUAAGGAAAAAAGUUGCAUUGUUUUAUACAGUGUAUGUAUGUUUUUGUUUUACAGCUGUAUGCAUCAAAGCAUAUGUCCCUAAUAGGCUGGUCAGCAAUAUCAAAGUUAUGAAAAGUUUAAAAAUCACAAAUAUUUUCCAGCACACCUUUGGUUAAAAGUGUUUUUGUUGAGAUGUAAGAGAAAGUGCCAGAGUCACUGGAGCUUUAGCUUUAUUGGGGCAUACAGAAAUGCAGUCCUGCCCCUACCUGUUAAUGUGCACUGCUGUUCAGCUGGCAGAAAGAAGGCUUCAACAAAAAGACAAAUUUGGCAGUUGGAAAUUUUUCCAAUAUUGCUGUGGAAGCUAAAGGAGAACCAACUUUCAGGCUUAUUAAGGUAACUCUGUUUUAAGGAGCAAGAAUUGUGGCUGUCUUAUAUUUAAUGAAAGAAAUUAGGCUGUAAGAAAAAUUAGAUGAUGAAAUACGUUUUUGUGUUACAUUUUUGUGUGAAUACUAUAAAACCAUGAUGUUUUUAUUCAGGGGAAUCAUAACUUGAGAAUCUCAUACAGGCCGGUGCCCAAUCUCCAUCCUUCAUCGGAUUUUUAUUCAACUCAAAAACAAGUAUCAGAGUACACGUUGAUGCAUUAAUAAAUUAAAACGGUGGAAGUUUUUAGCUGCAAUGCAUUUAAUUAUCUAGCAAAAAAUGCAAAUUUUUAACUAUUUUACUUGCCAGUCACCAAAUCAAGCUGAUCAAAGGAAAAUGUACCUAAUUUUGAUGUCUGGCCAAUUUAAUGGUGCACCUCUAUUAUGUCAGUGUACAUUGGUUUUAUUUUGAUUGGAAAACGGGAAAACAAAGCAACAAAAAUUGUGUUAUUCUCUGCCAUACUGUGGCCUUCACCUGUCUAUUUGCUGUUUAUGAAAGCUUUUAGACUUGUUCACACUUCCUCUUGUGUUUCUUGGAUGUUUUAUCACAAUCAGGGUAUAUUCUGACAUUUAUUGAUUCAUAAAUGUUGCUGAGUCUUUAUUAGAUAAAAAUCAAACUUGUACUCAACUGAGUAAAAACAGCCUUUCUGCAUUGAUCAGCUCUGUGUACAGUAAUGUAAAGGCUCAUUAAUCCUGACCCGUCUGCAGUGCAUGACGGAUUACUGCCCAGAGAUGCGAAUGCAUUUUCAACCUUGACCUGCUGAGUCGCAUCUAUCACUCAUGAUGUAUUGCCACAGUUUUGUGUACAUAUCAGCAAUUUGUUUUUAAUGUGACUGAUUCUGUUGCCUUAAAAUCAGAACUGAGACGCUGUCAUUAUUGAUAUGUGGGACGGGUUUACCUACAAAUGAUUUCAUUACAGUAGCACUGCUCAAAGAUGCACUGAAGUUGUCUACCUUCUCAAGGGAAUUGUUUGUGUGUCAACAGCCUAUUGGAAAAAAAACAGCAGCAUCUUAUUCUGUAUUCUCUCUGUGACAUCAGGCAGGAGUCUUGACUGUUGAAUGUGUUUUAAUUUGUCUUUUUUGGUUUUAAAUCUAUAAAUAAACAGCCUUCUUUUUAGACUUGA